UGACCAUUCCAAUCCCAACAAAGAGCUAUUAAAGUCCACCAGUCCUAAAGACCCAAGUCAAACACACGCUGGUUAUACAAUGAUAAUAUACAUGAUCUAUACGCUUACAAAUCCAAAGGCAAAAGCAAGCAGAUAGAGCUGAAUUAACAUGGCAGAAGUGAUCCUUCUCUUCCUUUCAGUGGUCACCCUGCUAAGCUUUCCAACUACAAAAGCCGACUACCUCUACCAUAGCUGCCCCAACACCACCGUCUUCACCCCAAACUCCACCUUCCAGUCCAACCUCAACCACCUCUUCUCCACUCUCUCCUCCAACGCCACACGCGACACCGGCUUCUACAACGCCACCUCCGGCCGUACCCCUAACGAAACCGUCUACGGCCUCUUCCUCUGCCGCGGUGACGUCACCACCACCGCUUGCAAGUCCUGCGUGACCACCGCAACCGCCGAGAUCGUGCAGCGCUGCCCGGUCGAGAAAGAUGUUGUGAUAUGGUACGACGACUGCCUGCUACGUUACUCCAACAAGUCCUUCUUCUCCGUCGCCACUGAGUCGCCGGGGGUGUUCAUGUGGAACACGGGUAACAUCAGCAGCGAACCGAACCGGUUCAACCAGGUUUUGGCGGCGAGUAUGAAGGAGGUGGCCACGGCGGCUUCGAACGGCGGCGAUAAGUUCGCGACGAGAGAGGCGACCUUCACGGAGUUGAUUAGCUUGUACAGCUUAGGGCAGUGCACGCAGGACUUGUCUAGUUCUGAUUGCAAUCGGUGUCUUGUAGGAGCCAUAUCGCAGUUGCCGGGUUGCUGCGGCGGGAAGCAAGGGGGACGAGUUCUGUAUCCGAGUUGUAAUGUUAGGUAUGAAGUUUAUCCCUUUUAUAACUCGACGUCAGCACCGGCGCCGGCGCCAGGGGCUCGGCCUCUUUCUCCGCCGAGCUCAGUGAGUAAAGGGAAGAGCAAAACCUCCUGGAAAUUGAUUGUGGCCAUUGCCGUUCCAAUUGCAGCCUCUUUGGUGCUUUUUGUGAUCGGCUACUGCCUCAUUACUAAGAGGGCAAAAAAGAAGUACAAUGCAGUACCAGAAACAAGUGUGAAUGACAUUUCUAGUGUAGAGUCUUUGCAAUUUGAUUUUGGUACCAUUGAAGCUGCUACAAACAAUUUCUCUGAUGAUAACAAGUUAGGCGAAGGUGGAUUUGGUCAAGUCUACAAGGGUUUGCUUUCUGAUGGUCAAGAAAUAGCUGUCAAGAGGCUAUCAAGGAACUCUGGCCAAGGUGCACAAGAAUUUAAGAAUGAGAUGGUACUGGUAGCCAAGCUUCAACACCGAAAUCUGGUCAGGCUAUUGGGAUUUUGCUUGGAAGGGGAAGAAAAGAUGCUUGUUUAUGAAUACGUCCCCAACAAAAGCCUCGACUAUAUUCUAUUUGACCCUGAGAAACAAGGACAACUGGAUUGGUCGAGACGUUACAAAAUUAUUGCAGGGAUUGCCCGAGGAAUUAUGUAUCUACAUGAAGACUCCCGGCUAAGAAUUAUACAUCGUGAUCUUAAAGCCAGCAAUAUAUUGUUAGAUGGGGAAAUGCAUCCAAAAAUAUCUGAUUUUGGCAUGGCGAGGAUUUUCGGCGUUGAUCAAACUCAAGCAAACACAAAUAGAAUUGUUGGAACAUAUGGUUACAUGUCUCCAGAAUAUGCAAUGCAUGGACAAUUUUCUAUCAAGUCCGAUAUCUAUAGUUUUGGUGUCUUAGUUCUAGAAAUUAUCAGUGGCAAGAAGAAUAGUUACUUCUUCCAAACAGAUGCAGCUGAGGACCUCGUGAGCCAUGCUUGGAAACUAUGGAGGGAUGGAACUCCUUUGGAAUUUUUGGAUCCAUGUCUGAGAGAUUCUUAUUCUAGGAAUGAAGUUAUCAGAUGUAUCCACAUUGGCUUACUUUGUGUUCAGGAAGAUCCGGCUGACAGACCUACAAUGCAAUCACUAGUUCUUAUGCUCAACAGCUACUCUGUUUCUCUACCAUUACCUCAAGAGCCAGCAUUUUUCCAUAGGACUAGAUCGGAGUUCAUGCCAAAGAUACCGCUGGAGUAUGAUCAGUCUAUCAGCAAGUCAAGUCCAUCGGUUUAUGAAGGAUCAAUCACUGAAGUAUAUCCUCGAUAAAGUAAUUAAGGCACCCUUCUGUUGUAAUAUCUGUUUAUAUUUUCUUUGAGGAUGAAACUGGAAUUAGUUGUGGCAUAUACUUAUUUAGGAUGUGCAUGUUCUUUAAAUUUUGGCAUCCCAAAGUCAAUAACCACCAAAGAUGUAGAAUUCUGCUCAGAUGUGAUAGCUACCCCAUAGGUAGUUCUGUUCACAUUGAUAAUGACUAGCUGAAGCUAUGAAUUAUAAUCUCUCUUUUAACCA